AUGUCUUUGAGAAAUAGGGCAAAAAAAAGUUCUCAAAGCUAUCUGCCGCUCUGUGUCUGCAAUAUCCCAAAGGCUAGUAAAUGGCUAGAGGGACACUGUGGAUCAUGCUUGGGGCAUUUGAACUCAAUUUCUUCAUCUACUCAGGCUACUUGCUCAAGAACUCCCUCUCCGAAUUUUGCUUCAAAUAGACUUGCUCCGCGGUCGUUUGAUAUUUAUGAAGGCCAUGCAUAUAAAGGUCAUAUCAAGAGAACUGAAAGUGAAUACUCAGCGUUCCAUAUCCACCCAAAAAUUAGCUCUCAUAAACAGUCUUUAAGUAAAGGGAGUCAAAUUGAAGCAAAAGCGCCUUAUAAAGAAAUUCUGGUUAUGAGGCCAGAGCCCAGCUUAUCAAGUUUAAAAUCUGCAGAGAGCUUUAAAAGGAUCAAAAGUCCUAUUCACUUUCAUAAUGGAUCUACACCAAAUCCUAACUACUCACGAGAAACCACUGAAGAUAUAUAUAGGAGUCAGAGAUCUUUAUCGAUUUAUGAUGCCCCUGAAGAGUCUUAUUCUCAGAAGUCGUCAAACUCUUAUAUUCGCUCGACGUCAAAAAGUUCUAAAAAUAUAGUUUUUUCCCUUAUUUUGCCCUAUUGGCUUGCAAUACAGUGGACUACAUUUAGGAAAGACCUAUAGAAAAGGCAAAGAAAAAAUUUUUAAAAUUUCAGGCAAUUUUUCACCAAUUCCUGAACUUCGAAUUCAAAAGCCUAUAAAAUCUUAUGCAGAGGAAAACUUCACUCCAUCAAAAGCAAUUUCAACGGAAAAUAUUUUUGAAGGACACUUAAAUGGCGUUACAGCUCUAUGCAUUAAUGAUAAUUCAUUAUGAAGCUCUAGUUGUGAUUAUUCUAUACGCUCCUGGAACAUAGUAGGAACAGUAGAUGCGUAUCGAGGAUUUAUGAGGAGCUCUUUAAGCAAAAAGCCUACCAACUCCCGCCUGAAAGCACAUUCCAGGCCUAUAUUGGACAUCAAAUGUGUUGAUAAAGUUCUGAUUUCAGGAGGCACAGACGGUAAAAUAAAGAUAUGAAGCAUAAGCGAAAACAUUGAGCCUGUCACUUGGGCUAAAGUUCAUGAGGGAUUUGUAAGGGCUCUUGACAUCCCAUCUCAGCGAACCCUUUUAUCAUGUGGGGAUUGCAGCAUAAAAAUUUGGGAUUUGGAAACUCUGAUAUGUGCGAAGACAUAUGAGGAGCACACAAAGCCAGUUGAAAGCCUAGCUUUAAUGUCAUCAUCGAAAUUUCUCUCUUCAAGUCACGACUCCCUAAUAAAACUAUGGGAUCUUCGGACUUCCAGAAGCGAAAAGUUGUUUGUAGGGCAUUUAGACACGGUAAAUACAGUUAAAAUUUGGGAUGAAUAUGCAUUUCUAUCAGGAUCUGACGACGGCUCAAUUAAGGUGACAUAUAAAUAGAAAUGAGACUUAAGGACUGGUGGAAUCCUCAGCAGUCUGAAUUCUAAAGAAAGAGUUAAGGAUGUAGAAAAAGCUGAAGGAAAAAUCUUCAGUGCUGGUAAAAGCUUAAAGAUGUGGGAAAAUGCAACCUCCAGAAGUAUAGAUAUCAUUCAAGGUGGAAUAAAAUGCCUGAAAUAUCAUGAAGCAAGCCGAAUGCUUUACAGUGGAGGAGCAGACGGAUCAAUAGCUGUAACGACUAUUUAGGCCAUAAAAGUCUAG